AUGUCUGAUAUUCCCAUCAACUUCACUCAAUUGUCUGAGUUGACGCAGUUGGGCAUUCUGCCCCAGUCUCUCGAUUUUAAGUCCACGACAUUGGAGUCUGACCACUACAUAUGUGUGAGAGAAAGUGGAGCCCAGGGGAACACCGUGGCCAUUGUCGAUUUGCACAACAACUUCGAAGUCACCAGAAAAAACAUGUCGGCAGACAAUGCCAUUAUGCACCCUAAGGAGAAUGUUAUUGCAUUGAGAGCCAAUGGCACCGCUUUGCAGAUUUUCAACUUGGGCACCAAGCAAAGAUUAAAGUCUCACACUAUCGAGUCUCCAGUUGUUCUUUGGAAGUGGUUGACUGACGAUGUAUUGGGUCUUGUUACAGCGACAGAUAUUUACAUCUGGUCUAUCUUUGACGGUACCAACAAUGGACCAGUCAAGUUGACUGACAGACACCACUCAUUGAACAACUGUCAAAUCAUAAACUUUGUGGCGGAGCCAGACCUAAAUUGGUUUGCUGUUACAGGUAUUGCGCAAGAAGAUGGCCGCAUUGCGGGUCAUAUCCAAUUGUACUCCAAAGCUAGAAAUUGUGUCGCAAGAUAUUGA